GGCGGGGAAGGCGCGGAGCGGAGGCCAUGGCGCCGGGAGCGUGAAGCCGCCUCAGCCCCUCACUCACUCACUCACUCACACACACACAAUGGCGUCCAGCAGCGACAGCGACGACAACAGGCGGACCCAAGGCGCGGGGAGGCCCCCGAGCAGCCAGUGCGGCCCCGGGGCCGCCAUCAGCCUGAGGCCGGCGCCGUCCGUGACCCGGAGCGGCUCGAGCUCCAAACAACAAAAUGGCGAACACACGGCGGGAACAACAACAACAGCAGCUCCUCCUCCAUCUUCAUCCUCAUCUUCCUCACCGCCUGCUGUGUCUCCUCAGGAGGCGGCCGCUCACAGCCACAGCGAGGAGCCCCCGGGCCCGGCCCCCGCCCCGCACAACAACAACAACAACACCAACAAACCCGGAGACCCCGCGGCUCGCAAAGCCUUUCACAUCCCCAAGAAGAACAAAGAGAAGAAAGAACUUUUCCAAUCUAUACCCGUGGCCUCCAGAGAAUUCAAGCAAGAUAUUUUGAAAAUUCUCAGUUCUUCUUACCUGGAGACUUUGUCGAGUACUAAUUUUGCUUAUGUGAAGGCCAGCAUGAUUCACAAUGACAAGCUGGAAAAAGAGUUCACGGAAAAACGGAAAGAAUUGAGAACUGAGGGUCGGACUGAGAAGGAACUCGCUGAAUUGUACGCUUUCUUGCUAGUUGACCCUUCAGAGGCUUCCAUCAUUUGUGAUAAAGGACUUGCUGUAGGGAAAUCCAAGGUAACCAUUCUUGGAAACCCUGCAAUGGGUGUUUAUCUUUCUAAAUACUCUGAUAUACUUCAGCCCAAUCCUUUGGAUACUGGAAAACAGGCGGAUAUUAUCAUUUUCAAAAUCAUAAAGGGAAGAGUAAAAGCUGUGUUUGAUAAUCCCACCAAGAACUUCACCCCUCCGACACCAAAGCACGAUUGCCAUGUUUCCAAAAACCUUAACCGGGUCACUUCACUCUUCACUUACAGAGCAUUUGACAUUACUCAGUUUUAUCUCUAUGAAAUUGGGAGUGAAGGUGUAAGGCAGAUCCCGAGGCAUGUUUGCCCAUAUGCUGUGGUCUCGUUUGUUUACAAGGAAGACAAGAUUCCCAAAACCCCUAAAUCAGCGGUGUUCAGCAUGGAUGACAUCCAGUCAGGAAAGUCUCACUACACUGUGUGGAAAGGACAACUGGUGAAUAAGGGGCGAUUUUUUUGCUUUGGUUCCCUCAGAGCAGCCUCCCAGCCAUUCCUGCCUAUGAAGUUACCUGAAAAACUUGAUGUUGAAACUGUUAUGAGCAUCGAUUGCUUAAAAACCAAAGUACCAGCGGCAGUGUUCCACAAAAAUACUUUUUGUGGGUUAAGAGAAGCGUUGAGGAAUGGACUGUAUUACAGUUUGUAUGAGUUUGUGGAACGGGGAAAAACUGGUAGCAAUUUGGAGGCUCUGCUUCAUAAGCUGGAAGAAGAUAAACAGGUUCUUAUCAAACCACUGGGCGACCAGGGAUUCCUGCUGCUGUUUUCUCCGUCAGAAAUGGCUGGGAAUGAUGAAUUUCAAGGCUCAAAGUCCAAGUUUCUUCAAGCAUUGUUUUUGUUUCCAAAGCCUCGAAUGAUGUCCAGUGUUGAAGAAACAGAGAGACAUGCGGAGACGACAGCAGUUCCCCACAUUGGCCCUGAGGCAUUACCUGAGCUGUCUACACUUGUUCCUGCGCUGCACUUUGCUCUGGACAGAAUUCGGAAAGAGCUGCCCAACAGUUUACAGAAGACAACAAUGGAUGUUGCGUUUGAAAAUAAUCUGAUGGGUUAUUUGAACUGUUCAGGAAAAGAAGCUUCUGCUGAGAAUGGGAAACCUAAAUUCACCCUCCCUCCCUACGAGGAGAGACGGUUUUCUACAGUCAGGCAGAAGAGACCAAAUGUUCACAGAAUCCUGCGCUCGUACUUUUUCAACCCCUUUCAUUACCAGUUUGACGUUUCUAAAGCUUUGGAGAUGUUGGAACAUCAUCCAAAUCGAGAGGCCAAGAUUCCCAGUCCACCCUUGGAGUGUUCAGGAGACAAGCAGAAACUCGAACCACAGCCUGCUCCUGAGGAACCCAUUAACUCCACAGUCACCAGCAGUAUGGCUGACUACAACUUUAUGAUACCCUCUGUGAACAUAGCUGAUUACGACCCUGAUAAAAUUCAGGAACUUAUUGACUUAAUCCACACCAGGAAAAGGCACAGACCUGGUGAACCCAGUGUAGUGAAUAUCGAAGGACUUGCACAUUGUAUAUCUGAUAAAAAUAAUCUUGGGUUGAAAAGGAAGUUAGUAUGUGUCACUGAGAGGAGUCAUAAACGCAUGAAGACCACUCAAGGUGGUCCAUUCUCUGGCUUGUUGGGAGAUAGUGAAUCAUUGAGGUUGUCUGAUUUGAGUCCUGAAGAAACUAACGGGCUUGUCUCCAGUGACACUGUCUUAAGACAGUCGGAUGCCACAACAUCUUUAGCUCCAGACACUCAGAAACUUGUUGGUUUGUUACUGGAAGUGCUUAAAUCCACCUCGUCUCAGACCCCUGGCACUGGAGCUCAUUUAAAGCAGGAUAUAAGAAUGUCUGUCUGCUCAAGCAGUGAUGACGUGAGUCGGAAUGCUGCUGAUUACUGCUGGGACCAGAAUAAUUUGCUAUUGCACAAGGAGACCCAGAAAAACAAUGAUGAUCCAACUUCACAGAAUGAGGCAUUGACGCAAAAACUCUCCGAGGCAGGGUUUCCAUCCAGUCUCAAUCCAGAAAGUCCAAGAUUGUUUGAAAGUGACUCUUGUCCAACGUAUCCAGAUAAUAUUCAUUUCAGAACGCAAACUAAUGAACAGCCUUCUGGAGAAAAUGUUUCACAGCACAAUAUGAGGGCUGAAUAUCCAGAGGAGCAGAGUUUGGAAAGUGCAGGCAGCGUUGAUGCUUGUAGUCCCUGUACAAAUGCAUCCCUCGAACAACUGUACAGCAGGAAACCAAGUACACCAGAGAGCGGCAGUGAAAACGAGAUUAACUGGAAACUUGUCCCUAUCACACAUAUGAAAUCACGGAAUGAACAACUGUUCUAUUUACCACCAGAGGAUUCGUGCCCCGUUGAUCCACGGGUAAUAAUACGACAGAUCGACAUUAAUCAUUAUCAUUCGCCGUCCAAUUCUCAAGCUGGAGCGGGCAGUGUUUCAAACGAAUAUGUCCCGGAUCUCCAGAAUGAUGACCCGGACCCCACAGUCUAUGAGACCAACGGGCAUCUUUCUGCUUCAAAAGACUCUUCAGCUUCAGUGAUCGAGAACAUGGUGUUGUUGGAAUACAAUACAUUUGCAAAUAAAAUGCGACAGUUGCUUAAGAAGGAAAAGGUCCGUUACAGUGCUGAGAAAAAACAGCCAACCUUCUCUACACCAAGCAAGGUUCCCUCCCUUUCCAGAUUUGCCAGUGUGUGCACACGAGAUGUUGCUGUCCAAAAUUACGUGAGCCAAUUGCGCAAGAAGAUGAAUUGUGUAGUUGCUGAUGCCUGCUCUCAUCGAUCUUUUAAAAACGUGUGUUUGAAUCCAACCUCUCCUAAAGACCUGGCACAAACGGUGCAAAACAGGACUGCAGCAAGCAGUACAAUUGUACAAGACCUUGAUGCAUCCACCAGUUCUCGGUUACAUACGUUAAAGCCCACAGCAGAGGAGGCUGUAAACAAUACUGGCGGUACAUACGAUGGACAGACUUGUAGUGAAAAGACACGAGAGCCUGAAAAAGAUCCCAAAAGUGACUCUCUAAAGCCUAUUCCUUCACAACUGACCUCUGGACUAAGUAGUGUUGGGUUGCAGGAAGUCAGUGGAAUGACAGACCUGCCUAAAGCUCGGCCCUGCAUCACCAACCUGAUCCAGCAGCUAAAGCCUGAAAUGUUUUGCAGUUUAGUUAAAAUUAUUAAGGACGUUCAAAAGAACACAGUGAAGUUUUACGUUUCUGAAGUUGAGGAAACGUCAUCAGUUUGUGCAGAAAUAAAGGAAUAUUUGACUGGACUGGGAAAUAAGGAGUGUCAUCCCAAUCAGUUUCUGAAAGAUGGUUGUAUGGAUAAAUUAUUGAUCAUAAUCCAGAACGAAGACAUUGCAGCUCACAUCCACAAGAUCCCAUUAUUGAUGUCAUUGAAGAAGCUGUCCUCUGUGAGUUUUGCUGGAGUGGAAAGCUUGGAUGAUGUACAGAAUCACACGUACAAUGAAUUAUUUGUGUCUGGUGGAUUUGUGGUGUCUGAUGAAACAGUAUUAAAUCUGAAGUCUGUCACGAUUGAAAAACUACAGAUGUUCUUGAAAUUUUUGGAAGACUUGAGCAGCCCUGAAAGCAAGUGGCUCUGGAAAAUUCACUGCAAAAUAUACAAGAGGCUAAAGGAGCAGGCCAGGACCAAUACAGCAGCCUUGAAUAUUCUGUCACUUUUGAAUAAGUAUCAGAAGUGCAAUGUGGUGGAAGUUCUCUCUUACCACGACUGUGACUCUAGAGCACGGAACACCAUUGAACUGGAAUGUUUAGUGAAGCUGCAAGCCCAGAACAUACAGCACAGACACGUAGUUUUCCUGACCGAAAAAAAUCUGGAGACUCUUCCCAGCUAUUCUCAGUGUGGAGUUGUAGUUGCCUGUGUAGAGGACUUUGUGAACAACUUCAGAAGUCUGAUUGGCUACCACAGCUCCAGUGUGGAGAACAAGCAGUUGAGAGUAGAAUCUCAAGAGAAUUUACAAGCUGAAGCAGAAAGUGCUGAUGCAGAGAAUCUGGUAACUAGCGAAGGAAACCACGAUGAAGAGGACAUGUCAUUGGAUUCUGAAGAUGAUUCACCACGUAUUGAAAUCUGUAGUGAAGAGUCAGAAGAUGUUUAUGUUGCCGACAGUUCACACAUUGAGGUUCAUGGAACAGAAAGAAACCCGAGUCAGCCUGAGGAGGAGCUGCCAUCAGGUGAGGCUAAUGUGGCCCCAAGCUCCGAACUAGAUUUCAACAAUGUCCAGUUGAAUGUUGCUGCUUCCACUUCACAAAUUAGAGACAGCAGGAAAGGCACCAAAGCAGAAGAGUGUAUGUACAAAAGCAGUUUGUUCUACCCACAUUUACAAAUAGAAUCAGACUACAGGAACUUUAAUGUAAUGACCCAUCAGAGUUUCCUAACCAGUGGAAUUAAGCCUUCAUAUGUUGCUUCUCUAAAUCACAACAAUCAAGACCCAAGUAAGUUCUGUUUGCCUGGAUACAGUCACAACAUGGUUUACAAUGAGAAUGACAAAAUGACCAGUAGCUGGGAUCAUUCCUGGAGUAUGGCCAGUGAAUCUCCGCUGACCUACCAACAGCAGCAGCAAAAACAGCAAUACUAAGUACAAACAUAUGUUUUUUUCCUGAUGAACUUUUGUAAAACUUGUUCGAGCAGGUGCUUACCCUUUGGAGUACACGUUAGUCAAGAUGUCUGAAGACCUUUUUCUUUCUAAGCUGAUAUCUACUGAAACUGAUAGGACG